AUCAUCCCCCAGCAGACUUCCGUUGCAAUGCCGCGAAGCGCUCGCAAAGCUCAAUUCAAGCUUCCCCAGACAACUAUAGCGCUCCCUCUCCCUCUCUACGUCCUCCAAUUCUCCGUACUUCUCUGCAAAACCCUAGUUUCUGCUUUGUAGCCUCUCCCUUGCAACGCGCAAUGGCUCCUCGUGCCGACGAGUGCGACGAAGAUGAGCUCUCCUCCAGCGAAGACGAUGACAGCUUCAAUGAGGACUUGGAAGCUCUCGCACGAGCCUGCAAGAUCGCCGGCACCAACCCUGAUGACCUUAAACCCACUUCUACCGACGGUCCCGACGAUGAGAACGCAGACGCAGUGGUUCCGAAAGCUCCUGACCCGCUGUUGGGCCCGGGCGAUGCUCUCGUUCCUGUGUCAGACUCGGACGACGAGCAGAGUGACCUUCAGUAUCUUAAAAGAGUACAGGAGCGUUACCAGCCUUCAUCUCUCAAGCCAUUGAAUGUUCUUCCAGCGUUUUCUCUGUCUGAUGACGAGGAAGAUGAUGUGGAGUUACUCCAGGCUAUUAGGAGACGCUUUGCCUCCUAUGAUAGAGGCCCUGAUGAAGAUAAUGAGGAUAAAAUGGCUCAGGGAGCUCAUACCUCCGGUCCAGGCUCUGAGGAGGAAUAUGAUAACAGCGUGACAUUUAAGGGAUUAGAGCCCGGUGAAUCAUGCCCUGUUUCUCAGGAUGCUAUUAAGACCACCAGUUUAUUGACUGGUGAUGGUGAGAGACAUCCUUUUAACAUCAACGAGAGGUGUAAACCCGAGGCUUGCAAGUCAUCCAAGUUAUCGGACAAAGGAUCAAACUUUCCUUUGUCUGCUCAGGUUCUUUUUGAUGCAAUAAAAAAGAAUAGAUCUUUCCAGAGGUUACUUCGAAGUAAGUUGAUUCAGAUGGAAGCAAAAAUUCAAGAAAACAGACAGCUAAGGGAAAGAGUAAAACUUCUUAAAGAGUUUCAGGUUUCUUGCAUAAGAAGAACAGGGCAAGCUAUAUCACUGAAAAAGGAUCCCCGUGUCCUUUUAAUAUCAAUAAGAAAGUCUCCUGCUGCAAGUAGCACGAAGAUUAAUGAUAAAAAAAUAUCUCCAAUGUGUUAUGGCCCAGCUGAGAAUGCUCAUGUUGCUAAAUAUAGGAUGGUGUUGGAACGAUCUCCAUUCUCAUUGGAUAGGAAAAAAUGGUCUAAUGUGGAGAGGGAGAAUCUUGCUAAGGGAAUAAAGCAACAAUUUCAAGAAAUGGUGCUUCAAAUGUCAAUGAAUCAAGACAGUUCAGGGUGGUUGUGUGAAUAUGCGGAUAACUUUGAUACCAUACUUGCAUCUAUUAAAGAUCUUGAGAUUACGCCUGAGAACAUUAGAAAGUUUCUGCCUAAAUUCAAUUGGGAUCAGUUGGCUUCCAAGUAUGUUGUUGGUCGUACAGGUGCAGAAUGUGAAGCAAGGUGGUUAAAUUGUGAAGAUCCCUUGAUCAAUCAUAGCCCAUGGACCUGUGAGGAGGACAAAUGGCUGUUGCACAUUAUCCAAGAGAUUGGCAAUAGGAACUGGUUCAAAAUUGCUGAAUUUUUAACCACAAGUAGGACCCCAUUUCAAUGCUUGGCACGAUACCAAAGGAGUUUAAAUCCUUCCAUGCUAAAUAGUGAAUGGACUGAGGAAGAAGAUGCUCUACUUCGUUCUGCUGUCACAAUUUUUGGUGCGAGCGAUUGGCAGUCUGUAGCUUCCGUCUUAGAACGAAGGACUGGACCCCAAUGCUCUAAUAGAUGGAAGAAGUCCCUCUGUCCUGAUAGGAAAGGGAGCUUUACUGUAGAAGAAGAUGAGCGCUUAACAGUGGCUGUCCAUCUCUUUGGACGGAAAUGGAAUCAGAUAGCUAAAUUUGUUCCUGGCCGGACCCAAGCUCAAUGUAGAGACAGAUACGUCAAUAGUUUGGAUCCCUCUUUGAAAUGGGGUGGAUGGACUAAGGAAGAAGAUUCAAGAUUGAAAAAAGCAAUUGCCAAACAUGGAUUCUGCUGGUCAAAGGUUGCUGCAGAUGUGCCUCCAAGAACUGACAGUCAGUGCAGGAAGAGAUGGCGGGUUCUAUUUCCUGACCAAGUUCCUAUGCUCCAAGCAGCUAGAAAGAUGAAAAAAUCCGCUCUUAUCAGUAACUUUGUUGAUCGAGAGUCUGAACGGCCUUGUCUUUCUCUAAAUGAUUUUCUUCCCUUGGCAACGUUAGAUCCGCCAUCUGAUCCAGAUGUUGUGAACCUCCGACAGAAGCGGAAGAAUAAGUCAAGCACUUCUAAGAAAAAGAGGCCCCAAAAACGUACAAAGAAGGCUCAAAGUUGUCUCAAGAAGCCACAGACGGACAAGGUUGAACCUUGUAAUGGACAUGGUCCUGAACCACAUUUGGAGGACAACUCUGUUGAUGCAAUGCAUGAUCAUUCUCCGCUGGACUCGGUUGUGACGACAACGAAUGACCAAGGAGAUUUUGGUGGACAUAAUAAUAUCGAUAACCUAACUGAGUCAAAUCAAGUUUGGACGGGGUUUAAUGAAUUGCAUGAAGAGAGCCAUACUUGUAUAACACCUUGCGAGAAUCCAGAAGGGACAAUGGAUCGGCAUUGUGAGAAUAUGAACUCAUUAAAACACCAUACUGGAAGAAAGUCAAAGCUAUCUGCAAGUAUAUCUGAUGGUGCAGCGGUAGGUAGCAAGGUUGCUAGAAAUACUACCUCAAAGAAGGAAAGGAAGGAGAAAAAGAAAUGCGACAGAAUGGUUAAAAGUGUUCAAACAGCAGAAAACCACCUGGUUAAGAAUCAAAUGCCAAAACCUGGAAGCCUAUCUUCCAUGCAGAUCUUAGAAAGUCAGGAUGAAGACAAUAUAACACUUGCUAGAUAUCUACACAAUCCAUCAAACAAACGGUUUAAAAAUACCGAUCAAAUGACUCAGGCUGCCUCGUAUGCUAGUUGUUCCAUGAAAAAACCACGGAGAUCUUGUCGAGCUGCCAAACAAACACGUGAUUGCCAGCCUUUUAGUUUUAAAAAGGGAUAUGAAUUGCCUUCUGAAGAAGUACACAACGGUCAUGACAGAAACCAAGAAAUGUUGGUUGUGCAAGGCGAGUUAGAUGAAGAUUGUAUUGAUGUUACACCUGGGACUUUGUCGGUCCAGAAUCAUUCUUGCAAUUUGAAGAACAUGUCAGCCAUCAAAGCUGAUGAAAAUCAGAAGACGAUGCCGGGGUCAGUUGAUGAGCAGACUUUGUUUUUGGAUGGGGUGACGGCACCCCAAAACAUCAGUGUUGGAGAGGAUGUGCCUACCGACGUUACCCUUGCUUCCUUCCUGAAAAAGAUGAAAAGUAAGGGCAAGGCAACGACAGAGCCAGUUGAUGAGCAGGCUAUAGUUUUGAAUGGUUUGACAGAAAUCAAAAGCAUGAGUGUUAGAAAUGAUGGGUCUCUUGACGUUACUCUGGCUUCCUUGCUGAAAAAGAGAGGAAGGAGACAGGGUAGAGCAGCUAAAUGUGCCAGUCGUCCUUCUCAUGAUAGGGCUAAAUGAUAAAAAGUCGAUUUGAUGCAUGCUGGCUGUGAUAUUGGUUUGUGCCGAGGGUCCAUAUUGAUCAAAGGCUGCCUCAUUUUUAUUUUUUUAAAUCCUCUGUGAAAAAGGGCUAGAAGCGGGCGGUACAUGAGAAGUAGUGGGAAGUCGCGAGCCUGCGAUCAUGAGGCGUGAUGUGAUUUGAACAUUUUGGCAAUUAGGAUGGGUUCUCUUUACUGACAAUUUUGCUGAGCCAAGGCCUGUGUAGAGACAGUUUUCGGCCUGGCACAAUGAAGGUUCGUUGUUUGAUGUACUUAAUGAGCAUUUGCGAUAUACACAUAUAUUGGAAUAUCUAACGGUAUCCAAUCAGUGUGAUUUCUUGAA